AUGAGGUCUACUGUAGUAGUCACGCGUCACGCGACAAUCAACAGAAUGUGGCAAUAGAGAGAAAACGUCGGGUCCAGCAAGAGAAAAGUGCAAAUCAUCCAAGUGAUAGAGGAAGAGCAGCAGAAGAUCAACGAGAGGGUUGAGCAAGUGGAGACGGAGGAAGACGGCAAGGGAGUCAUCAGCCCGGCCGCAUCUCUGCUCUCGGACAGCGCCCUGAGCAUGAUCAUCGACGAAGAUCCGAUGCUAAGAGAGAAGACGCCGGAGCCGCGAUCGGAGCAACAGCAGAUGGAGGCGACGAUGCAGCAGCUCGAGACCACCAUCGCCCAACUCGAGAGCAAAAGCAAGGCCCUGCCGCAAGUGCUGUUCGGCACGCAAGUGACAACCACCGGAUCAGCCACACUGGCGCACCAAGUGGUCAUCUACAAUGAGAUCGAACAGAUGCACAAAGUCAUAUAGAUUUUCUCGCGUUUCUCGAAAAUGUCGGUCGAAAUGUCCGAACCGCUUUCUAAGCGGCCGUACUCCGCCACCAUCACCGACUCCCCGCCUCAGUCAACUUCUACUACUUAUUCCUCUACCGCUGCUGUGCCAUACUCCGACUACCGAACGCUCUACAAUCACGUCGCCGCCCUCACCGACAUCAUCUCCUCCACAAAGCCAUCGUGA